UUGCAUUUUACUGAAACUGCCUCUCCUUACUGAUAAGAGAGAAACAACUUCAAGCAGUUAGUUUGCCUUUGACUUUAGUUUAGAUCAGAUCCAUGGCAGCGUUACUGCAAGAUCAACUUUUUGAAAUCAGUCAGCAAGCAACAGCACCUUGCAAAGAUUUCUACCAGCUUUUAGUUACCAAGAAAGAGGUUAUUCUAAGAACUUGGAAAGUGUCCAACCCCUGUAAACGGGAAAAGGUCUGGCCAACAGAAGACAAAAAAUUCCACAAUGAAUUUUUGGUGGAUGACUAUUUACAGGAACACAUAAAGCGAGUCUUUGGUGAUGACAUGCUGAGAUAUGUCACUAACCUCUGCCAGAAGCAUAUUGAUUACAUUGUCCGUCUACCUGAAGCCUUACUUAUGCACAUCUUUUCAUUUUUGGAUUGGCAAGAUGUAAAACAGGUAUCCAAGACUUGUAAAAAGUUUCAGAAGGUGUGCAAGAGUGAUGCAUUUUGGGAACAAGCAGAACACGCUUGUUACAGCAAAACCAAUGUGGCCAUGGAGGGAGUGAGUUCAGCAAUCCAGAGGAAGCUGGUCAUUUUUCACAGGAAACGUGCCCUGAUGAACCUGGCAAGGACCCAGAGAAGAAUGAGCACAAAGGGAUACAUUUAGAAAAUAUUUGUUUAUUUCAUUUACUUCCAAUAAAAUACUCAUGUUACUCUAAAUAAUA